UGCAGACUUUCCCGGAUGACAACAGUCAGGGAUAUCCUCCCAAAAGAGUCAACAGUCAAUCAGUAUAAAAUGAAACACGCUGCACACACUGACAGCAAUCCCACUGACGGAGAAGCACUGAAGCCACUCUACCCUCUGUAAAACCGCCAUUAUGAUUUGGCUCUCUGUUGGAGCUCUCCUGGCUUUAGUGGCCUGUCUGCCAUAUGAAGUCACCACAGCAACGGUGGUGAAAGACCUCGUCUCAGGUCGUGAACGGCCAAAGAGAAUGGUUGGGGGCCUUUUGGCCACCAGCGUCCCCUGGCAAGUGAUGGUCUACCUGGGUGAGGGGGUGUUUGAUGGCGGCUUUGCUGGAGGUGCUUUGAUCUCAGACCGCUGGGUGCUAACUGCCGGACGGAACCUCUUCGUCAGAAGGGCUCGUGCAGACACUCAAGGAAAAGAGCCUCUCAUUCCCAAAAUCUUCGUGGGUGUCUCUCACCGGUCUAGUGCUAAUUCCUCCAAAGAAGUGGCUGUUGAGAAGGUAUUCUUACACCCAGCCUUUCAGAACACGUCGGACUGGGACAACGACCUGGCCCUGAUCCAGCUGAAAGAGCCUGUCACAUUUAGUGAGUCAGUGAUGUCUAUCCCUCUCCCCGAGCAUGGGGAUGACCUAGAGGAGAGACCAGGCACCCAGGGUAUCAUCGCUGGCUGGGGCUGGGGAAGGGACUUCGUCCAGUCCACAGUCCUUAAGUUCCUCAAGCUGCCCGUGGUCUCUCGACAGCUAUGCCGCUCCGAUUACCAGGGGCUGACCCACAAGCCCUCGGUGGACGACAACAUGUUCUGCACAGGCCCGGGUGAAUAUGAGACCAACGUGUGCUUCUGGGAUGCAGGCGGUGCCCUGGCUUUCCUACACCCAGAAGACAACAGGGUUUAUGCGGCUGGGAUCCUUUCUUUCGACAAGAGCUGCGCUGUGGAGAAGUAUGCCGUUUACACCAAGAUAUCCCCGUAUCUGCCGUGGAUCCAUGAAGUCAUGAGGGGUGAUAAGGACUACUCCUCUCAGCGCUCCUCUCUCAUGGCUGACAUGUUUUCCCGGAAGUUUUAGUCUGUGUGUAUUCUCAACUACAUUGUCUGAAAUUUCAUAUAUUAUCAGUGUUUUCUAUGCAUCUUUGGAAUACAGUGGACUUUCUGUUUACUCUGGAUUUGUGGUCUUUUUUUGUUACUCGCUUUAUGCAGAACAAUUAGUUAGGAUUACUUGGGUAUGAAUGAUAAUUCACUGGGAAAUUUUGUGAAAUUUAAAACAAUGGCACAGCCAUGGAUGUUAUGAGUUGUUAUUGCACAAAUGAAUUGAAGAUAGACAGUUACAACACCUUGGCUCUGAUUAACUAAAAGUUUCCUUGUGCAAAAACAUCCCUCCACAAAAAAAUCCCCAGAUGAUUUUCAGGAUUUUGUGAGGACAGUAUCAUUAAUUUCUGCAAAAUAGCUGAAAUGACUCUACCAAUGACUCUACCAUUGAAACAGCUUGGACAUUUUUUGUUGCUUACAGUAUAUCAAAUUGCUAACCUCAAGCCUUUAAUAAACAAGUGACUGAAAGUUAA